AUGGAAAAUAUGGAAGGAAGGAUCGCUCUGCAACGGAGUCGAUUUGCACUUAUACAGAACGAGACGGAUCAAGACAAUAUGAGUGCUGAUCGAAUGAAUCGACAUCUGAUCAGUGCUCGCCUGGAUAUGCUUGAGCAGAAUUGGAAUAAAUUUCAAGAAGAGCAUGAAAACCUAUGCCUAUCCGCCAGCGAGGAUCUGAGAGACCAUUCUUACUUGAGAGAACGCAUAUACGAACGCUGUCAAGCCUUCUAUGUUUAUGCUCGUGCCAUGUUAUUCACCCAGCUAGAAGAAUUCGAUACAGCGGAUCGACAUUCCAGAUCGUCGCUUUUAGAUCAAGGAGCGUCCCCACCGCCACAAGAGGCUUCCACACCGCAACAAGGGGCGUCCACAUCGCAACAAGGGGCGUCCACGUCGCAACUGCCACGCAGUGCAUUACCGCGCAUUCAGCUGCCGAUUUUCUCCGGAGACUACCCAACCUGGAGAACGUUUCAUGACACUUUUACCUCUAUGAUAAAAAAUAACUUCCAUCUGACGGAUGUCGAAAAAAUGCAUUACCUGAAAACAUGCGUUAAAGAUGAAGCCGCACGAAUGAUAGGCAAUCUGGAUGUCUCCGGCGACAACUUCUUAAUUGCAUGGAAUUUGUUGGUAUCGAGGUAUGAGAAUACACGAUUUUUGAUUGAGGCGCAAUUAGACAAGAUAACGAGUCUGAAGCCAUUCAAGACGAAGAAUGCAAUAGGCCUUCGAAAUUUUAUGACCACUGUAUCGGAGACGACUGCGGCUCUUCGCUCACUGGGAUGUGCGGUAGAUAAAUGGGAUCCGUUAUUGCUUCACCAAGUCGUGAAGUUGCUUGAUCCUGAAUCACGAGAAGCGUGGGAGGUUAAGCAAGGAUCCUCUACUACUUAUCCAACCCUCGAACAAUUUGAGGAAUUUCUCACUGGACGAACACGGGCUAUGAAUCUCAAUCCAAAUAUGACUCAAAGAACGUCGGCUGCUUCCACUUCAGGAAAACCUUAUUCGAAGGUCGCGGCGCAUGCCGCAGCGUCUGCUUGCCCUUUAUGCGGAUCAUCGCACUAUCUAGCAAAAUGUGAACGUUAUCAAUCGAAGACGGCUAAACAGCGUAAGGAGAUUGUCAUCAGACAUAAACGAUGCUUCAAUUGCCUCGCACCUCACCUAGUUAAGAAGUGCACCUCCGUGACGCGAUGCCUAAAAUGCGGGAAAAAGCAUCAUACGACUCUUCACGAGAAUCAACGAGAAAUUUUAACCACACCAACUAGUACGCCGGCAAAACCGGCCAAUCAAUCUGAGGAGAAGUCAGAUCCAUCAGCAAAUCGUACGAGAAAGCUUACUUUACUUGCGACGAGUAGAGCUUUGGUAAAGAAGAGUAACGGGGAUUUCCAUCCGGUGCGUUUAUUGAUCGAUCAGGGAUCAGAGUUAUCUUUCAUCACGGAAGAUCUAGUGCAACGAGCCCAACUCACUAGAACGGCCGCAUCAAUACCGCUUCUCGGAAUUGGUGGCACUUAUUCCGGAAAUACAAAGGGGAGUGUUUUCAUACAACUGCACUCCAUUCAUGACUCAGCGUUACAAUGUCAAAUACGAGCCUUCAUAUUGCCACGUCUUACGGCGAAGUUACCAUCGUGCAGCGUUAGUGCUCCAACCUGGCCUCAUAUAUCAGGACUCCAGUUAGCCGAUCCGGAAUACUACGUCUCUGGAACAAUACAGGUCAUAAUAGGAUCAGACAAUUUUCAUGUCGUGAUACGACAAGGCAUGAUACCAGGCGAUUCUUCCUCGCCUACGGCGCAGCAAACCAUCUUCGGAUGGGUCCUCUGUGGCCCUAUGUCAGCAGCCGAGACACCUGUUUCAGCGCAUGCACAUCAUUGUUCACCGGAUCAAGAAUUACAAGAUCUUCUUUCCAGAUUCUGGACACAAGAAGAAAUUCCUAAGUCGACUAUAGCAGAGUUAACUGAGGAGGAAGAGGAGUGCGAACGACACUUUCUAACAACCUAUUCACGAGAUGCAACGGGCAGAUAUGUGGUUCGACUCCCUCUAAAAAUCAAUCUGUCGGUUUUGGGGGACUCUAAAGCAAAGGCUCUCGGUUGUCUUAAGAACCUGUUUCAACGAUUCUCAAAUCAAAGUACUUUUCAACAACUUUACGAACACUUUCUAGAGGAGUAUUUGAAGAUGGGUCACAUGAAAGAGGUUGACGCCUCCUCCGCUCAGACUUCUGUGGUGAAUUAUCUUCCCCAUCAUGGGGUACUACGAGAGAAUAAUCGAACCACGAAACUCAGGGUGGUUUUUAACGGAUCCAGCCCUACCAGCAAUGGCCUCUCGCUAAACGAUAUUCUACACGCCGGUGCCAAGCUUCAAAUUGACAUAUGCGAUAUUCUGCUUUGGAUACGUACCCAUAAGGUUCUAUUCUCUACGGAUAUAGUUAAAAUGUUCCGUCAGAUAGCUGUGCACCAGGACGAUUGGAACCUACAAAGAAUAUUAUGGAUCGGAUCGGAACAACAGCUUCUUGCCUACUGCCUUACCACAGUGACUUACGGACUACGAUGUGCACCCUUCCUGGCGUUGAGAGCUCUAGAGCAAUUGGUGAAAGAGGAAGGUCAUCGUUUUCCUAAAGCAAUCAUUCCUAUGAAGAAGGGCAGAUUCGUCGACAACAUUUAUGGGGGAUCUGAUACGACAUUAGAAGCUAAGGAUAUUAUACAGCAAGUGAAGGGUUCCAGGCAAUAUCACCUUCAGAAGAAAGCAAUUGCCUCGGACAUAGCCAAGUUGUAUGAUCCUCUAGGGCUGAUUUCGCCUAUUAUAAUAAGAGCGAAAAUCAUAUUGCAGGAGCUAUGGCUGUUGAAGACUGGAUGGGACGAGCUGAUUCCUGUCACUUUACAAGAGAGAUGGACUGCGUUUCGACAACAACUAUUACAGCUCGAACCCCUCUCUAUACCGAGAUGGCUCGGUGUUUUUCGUUGCGAUACUUCGAGGAUUGAAAUUCAUGGAUUUUCGGACGCAUCUCAACUAGCCAUGGCGGCGGCGCGGCUCACCAUUCCGCGACUUGAGCUUACUGCAGCUCUCCUCCUAGCGCGAUUAAUAGCAAAAGUGGUAAAAGCUCUCGAGUUGUUCGAAGCACUGGUAUUCUGUUGGUCAGAUUCAGAGGCAACGAUUAAGUGGAUAACUGCUAACCCAUCGCGCUGGAAGGAUUUUGUUAGGAAUCGCGUGUCUGCCAUACAAGAACUUUUGCCCAAUGGAUCGUGGCGUUUCGUACCGGGCAAACAAAACCCCGCUGAUCUUGCAACACGAGGCCUAAAAGCGGAUAAACUGUUCCACCUUGACCUUUGGUGGAAGGGACCAACAUGGUUAUCCGAAUCGCAAGCUUCUUGGCCUUACACGGAAUACAGAUCGACAUCAGACAUAGAUAUGGAGGAGCGUCCUGGUUAUGUUAUGAUUGCUUUAGUAAGUCUGCCUCCAUACUGGGAGCUAUUACGCAAGUAUUCCUCUCUUACUAGAUUACCGCGUGUCACUGCUACGUGUCGCCGAUUUGUAAACUGCUUGCGUAAAGUACCUCAGUCUUCUCCUUCUAAUUAUCCAUUAACUCCAAUUGAGAUCCAGCAAAGCCGUGAUUUAUGGGUGCGAAUUGUACAACAAACAUGGUUCCACGAGGAGAUACGACUCUUAGUUAAAGGAGAGCAGUUACCGAAGUCAAAUUCCUUGAAUCGACUCACUCCAUUUAUCGACCGGGACGGUCUGCUUCGAGUAGGUGGCCGUCUUCAUUUUGCCCAGAUUAAUAUGGAAGCCAAGCACCCGCUUAUUCUACCUAGGAGGUCACCAUUGACCACGCUCGUCAUUGAAGAUACUCACAGAAGAUCACUUCACGGAGGCACCCAAGUGACUUUGAGCCUCCUGCGUGAGAAUUUCUGGAUAAUUGGCGGAAGGGCGCCAAUACGAUCCCACAUAUUAAGAUGCGGACGUUGUGUUCGGUACCGCGGCAUUCGAGCAAAACAAAUGAUGGGCCAACUUCCCUCCGUAAGAGUGAACCCAGCGCGGCCCUUCUCCCAUUCAGGCCUCGACUAUGCCGGACCCGUGACGUUGAAGACGUGGAGAGGGCAGGCAGCAAAGUCCUACAAGGGCUACUUGGCUAUAUUCGUCUGUCUCGCAACAUCUGCCGUACACAUCGAAGUAGUUACGGAUUAUACUACAGAAGCGUUUAUAGCUGCCUACAAACGCUUUAACGGUAGACGAGGUAUAUGCUCCAUCUUGUGGAGUGACUGCGGUACAAAUUUUAUGGGAGCCAACGCUGAGUUGAAACGUCUAUUUCAACAAUCCUCUCACGAACUUGGUGACAUCGCCUCCCUUCUGGCUAAUGACGGUACCGAGUGGAGGUUCAACCCUCCAUGUGCUCCUCAUUUCGGUGGAAAAUGGGAAGCGGCUGUGAAAUCAGUUAAAUUUCACCCUAAACGAGUCCUAGGGGAGAAAGUCCUUACCUAUGAGGAGAUGACUACUAUCACUAUACAGAUUGAGGCC